UCCGAGUUAGAGAGGCCAAGACAGCCCCGUGACGAGCCAAAUUAAAUUCGCACCCACCUGCCGAUCUCCCCUCCCUCCCUCCCUCCGCGCUUUUCCCUCCCCACCACACCUCCACCCACCAAGCCGGCGUCGCCGCGCCGCGCGCCCGUUCCCCCCUCCCGCCUCCAGGCUUCAGGCUUCAGCAGUUCAGGUUCUUUACGCACGCGCACACCUCCUCGCUGCCGUUGCUCGGUCCGGCGGCCAGGGCGCGGUUCUUGGCGCUCUUGGCCGGUCGGGGGCCGUCCUUGGUUAGCGGAGGUCUGGUGCUCCUGCUGCGGUGUUGAAGUUCUUGGGGAUUCUUGGUUGGAGCGACGCGACCUUCUCGUUUGCUUCUCGGGUUGAUGCGGCGGCGGCGGUGCUCGUGACCGGAGCCGCAGAGGAGGAGGAGGUGGAGGAAGCUGUCCGGCGAGGAGGGAGAGCUGAGGGGAUGGAAGGCGAGGCGGCGGCGGCGGCGGCGGAGGCGGCGGCGCGGAUACGGGUGGUGCGGUGCCCCAAGUGCGACAAGUUCUUGCCGGAGCUGCCUGCUUACUCCGUCUACGUCUGCGGCGGAUGCGGCGCCGCUCUCCAAGCAAAGAAGAAGAGCUCAGCUGAACCUUCAUAUGACGCUAACAAUGGAAAUGUGAAAUACCUUGAAGUUCUAGAGUGUGUUCCAGAGGCAUCUGCAACCAAACCUGGAGCUAGCACUGCUGAUAGGUCCGAAACCAGUACAGUGGCUGAUGUACGUAGCAAACCAGUUUACAGACACCAUGAUACCAUUCCGACAGCGCCAAGUCCCUCAAAUCAGAACACUUCGGUCAGAGGUAAUGGCAAAGAGGCAAAGUACCGACACAUUCGUGAUUGGGAGAACGGAGAAGUGGGGCAGUCGGUGAGGAUAAGAAACAUAUCCCCAAGGUCUCCAAUCAAUUACAUUCCACCCAAUGCUUACCCGGGAGAAGGCCUUGUUGACUACCAUUUGAAGCAGAGAUACAGAUAUACUACUAGGGAACGCCCCAGCGAAAGGAACUUAGAUGGUCCAAGCAAAGUCAGGGGACUUGAGAAAGACCGUGCUGAUAUUUUGAGGAUGCUUGAUGAGUUGAGAGACCAGGUGCAGCAAUCCUGCGAGGUAACUGAUGGGCCUAGUGGAAGUGCACCAACUAAUAGAGCACCAGAUGCCCCAAGUUCAUAUGGUACUUCUGACCGAUUGAGUCAAUUGAGGCAUGAUGCACCUCAAUUGCAUCGGAACAGUUCGCAUCACUCUCCAUCCUUGAAUGUGCGAAGUCCCAGCGUUCCUCGUGUUUAUGCUGCACUGCCAGCACAACAUGACCAUGUUGGAUAUGCAGAGCCCAUUCCGCAUGCAAGAGCCUCUAGCUAUCCUGCUAGCCUCUAUCCAUGGAGAAAUUUUGAUACUUAUUUCUUUGGACAGCAUGAUCCUGAUCCUCUCCUCUCUUGCCGCCAUGAUGGCUUCUAUCACCAAGCAGCUUGUUCUUGCUUGCAUUGUUGCCACCAAGAAUUCUUACCUGUACAGGGAAACCACCCGGGCUUCAAUGAUCAAAGGGCACCGUAUCUUCUGAACAGUUGCGGGGUUUAUCCCGUGGACAGUCCCUUGUUUGGUCAGCAAAGAUACUCAGCAAGAGGCACCAAUACUACCAUGCAGCGGAAUCACCCGAGGGCCAACAUAAGCAAGAAGCCUGCACAGAGUUGUCAACCAGUUGCAGGUGGCGCCCCUUUCACCAUAUGCUACAAUUGCUACGAAGUGCUUCAGAUACCAAAGAAACAAUCCUUGUCAGGAAAGGAGUAUAAAUUGCGGUGUGGAUCAUGCUCACAUGCAAUUCUAGUCAAGCUUGAUGGAAACAGGCUCGACGUAUCAGAAUUUGCAGUAAGCACACAUUUAUCUGGCGGUCAGGAAAAUAACAUGAGAACCAAUGAACAUACUCCAGAUGAGAGGUCCAUUCCAGCUUAUCGUUUUUCUGAUGGGAGUCCCGCGUCUCAAGAAAAAGAUCUGCACUCAAAUUUGAGCGAGUCAGAGAACAACCAUACCCCGCUAGGAACUAAUUCUGAGGACACUUCCCAUUCCAGGGAUCUUCCUCCUGAAGACAAUGUGGUCUCGCAUGUACCAAGUUUGCCACAUCGCGAUCAUUGUGGGUCAUCUCCAUCUGAACAUUCUGGAGGGGGAAGUAGAAGUGCUCAUUCUGAACAUGAAAAGGUUAUACUACUAACUGAAAGUUGCAAGCAGAACUCGGUUAAACAUGUACGUGCAUCAAACGAGAUGCAAUCUCCAGACAAUGAGUUUGAUGAUCCUGAGUACAUAGAAGAUGUAUCAAAUGUGCAACAUGGUACUGGCCACAGUAGAGCAACAAAGGGCAAUGAUUCUUUUAUCACCAAUCUUAUAAAAAGGAGCUUCAAAAUUAAUAAUGGAACGCGCAAUGGAAGAGCAAGGGUGUAUGUGAAUGGCUUUCCUAUCUCUGACCGUGCGGUUAGGAAGGCUGAGAAGCUCGCUGGAGCAAUCUGUCCUGGUGAUUAUUGGUAUGACUACCAUGCUGGCUUCUGGGGUGUUAUGGGGCGUCCCUGCCUUGGCAUGAUACCUCCUUAUAUUCCAGAGUUUAACUACCCUAUGCCCAAGAACUGUGCUGGUGGAAACACUAGCGUAUUUGUUAAUGGAAGAGAACUUCAUCAGAAGGAUUUGGAUUUGCUUGUGACUAGAGGACUCUCUGAUUCCCCUGGCAGAUCGUAUGUAGUUGAAAAUUCUGGAAAGGUUUCAGAUGAAGUAUCUGGUGAAGAACUUUAUGGCCUUGGCAAGCUUGCACCAACAGUUGAGAAAAUGGGGAGAGGAUUUGGCAUGCGAGUCCCAAGAUUCAUCCAGUGAGAGGUCAAAUACAGCACAACUAGAUUUCUGAACCUCGGAAGGCAAAUGGAUGGAAAUAUUUCAGGUCUAGUGUAGAUUACUUUCAGUUGUGGUGCUAGUUUCAAGACCACUCCAUUGUAUUCCCCUUAAGCUGAGGCGUAAUUUAGUCAUAUAUGGCGGUAUUCUUGUAAUCUUCUGAUGCAUUGAAUUUUACGGAAACAUUUCCCCUUUUCAUUUGGUUGUUACUUGUUAGGCAAGAACAAUUCGAAGGAAUUAUCUAGUCGGCCAAAAGGGAAGUUGUUAUUCAUGUUGGGUUAACUAGUCAUGAUUAUUUC